ACCAGACGCACAAGCGAAGAGGGCCCAAGCGGUCUAAAACACUCGCUUUUGAACGCCCACAGAUCGACAACCUCUUGAGCCAGAGCGGGACGGAUACCGCCUCGCGAGCGACUCCUGAGCAUCGAGGGCACCGUGCAGUGAGAUCCGAGGAAGUCUCAUCUUCUCCGACCUCAGCCGACAUGACUUCUUUCCUGGCGUCUCUCGCGAGUGCUUCUCUGCCCAGCAAGAGUCAGGAGCGUCCAAUGUGGGAAGUCUCUCAGUCCGCUGAGGGAGACGUCACUGUCUCGUCGGCCACAGUCGGCUCUUCAGCCUCUGGCCCGAACAGUUUCGAUCCUUAUCAGCUUGCUCAUAAUCAUACUGCAUCUCAAUCCCUACAAUGGGCCGACACGACGGGCGCUCCACUUGACAGUCGGUCUCCUCUCAAUUACUGGUCGAUACUUGGAUCUAAUGGAGAGGACUCAAGAAGUACUUUCCCUUAUUUUGCUUGGGCGCAGAUCUCGAACGAAUUCAACGAGGCAUCGGAAGUGUUUCUGCCCGAUCCCCGUGCAGCUGGGCUCGAUUGGUCAGCCACCGAGGUGCGGCAAGAGGCCAAUUCGCAUCCCGAAGCCCCGCACAGGUUCGCCCUGCCGAGCAAUAUGAAUGUUGAGCGGUGCUUGGAUAUUUACUUUGAUCUCUUUCGCCAAUGGUGCCCUAUCCUUGACCGCCGUCGCUUGGAGGAGGUGUUCAAUCUCGCUCUCUCCGGCAAGGAUGCUCAAGCAUGUGACCUGGCGGACUCUAUAGCUGUUCUCGUGGAGACCCGGAUCAAUGCCAACAGCUUGUCAUCAUCGAGCACGAUAUCGGGCUCCCGUUUCGUCAAGCUGCUUGAAAGAUCUCAGAAACCUCUGCGGGAGGACGAUAUCAGCAUCAUCAAGGUUGUGACGGCACUUCACAUCUUUUUGAUGUGGCAGAUCUACGGGGAGGGUGUCGCAUCCUGGCUUCAAUUCCACCAGGCAUUGACGCUGGGCGAGAUGCUGGGCAUUACCGAUUGGCGUAGAAAGCUUGUGCCCGCUAAGCCACAGACCUCUGACGAAGAGGGCCUCCGGCUUCUGUACACUCUCUUCAUUAUCGAGCGAGCGCAUGCAAUCCUACAACAUCCCACUCAGAACCAAGCCCUUCCCUCACUCCGUCUCCCCGAUGAUGCAUAUGGAGUAACUGCCCCGUUUCGUGUCCUGCUGGCCUCCAACGCGCUGGACGACUUUCCGAUGGAUCAUCUCCGUCUAUUCAGUCUCGUACGCUCUCAGCACAUGGCCUGUUGGGGUGAGACAUGCGACGCCUCUUGCAGCAUCUGGAAUUCAGAAUCGGCGAGUCGCUUCCAGCUGGACUUGGGAAUAGAGCUGGACAUAGCCGUCGCCAAAUACGAAAUGUCUCUUCAAUCGCCUCAGAUCAAACUCUCUGUCAAUCUCAUCAUUUCUUUGGCUUGGUUCAGGGACCGUUUCUGGACUGUUUGUUUACGACACGGCUUGAUUCGUCCUGGAGGCUCACCUGGACUCGACCACCGAUUCGUUCUCGACAACCUCGGACGGCUCAUCGGGCUGCUCUCCGGAUGGCAACCUUCGGACUUUGGUGUCGGCCUCGAUUAUGGUGCAAAGUUGUUCAGCAUGGCUAUGACAGCCAUAUCUAUCAUCAAUCAAGCGCAGUCCUCGAACGAUUCGGCAUCUGAGCUUGGGCUUGGUCAAGAUGUAGGCACACUCAAGGCUGAAUUAUCUGGAUGGGUGUUCCAGAUAAUCGGGCUACUCUCAGCUCGGACGAAAGAACAUGACCCUCUACUGAAAACCCUGGUGAGGGCACUCGCUCCGGUGUUGUGAUUUUGAGCCGUGGGAGACUUCAUUACAACUAGAUGGAGAGGUUGGUCUCAAGCCCAAUGGACCCUAUCCCCAAAAUCUGCACUUCGCCGCAACUUACAGACAGGGAACAUGCCGCGGUGAUCGGUACUUGGUUUGGAUCUGCUCAUUGCCAUGGCAAAUCGCUCGUUCGCGAAAACCUCGACCACAUCGCCCUUUAUCAACACCUCGAGGCGCAAGUCUUCAAAGUCGUGCGCAAGUUUGAAGAGCGUAAGACGCUCAGAUUCUUUCAUCGUAUUCACGUCAUCCCGCAAGGUGGACUUUUCCCGGUUGAUGUCAAGCGUC